AAAACUCAAAUCUCAUUUCUGUUCAGUUUUUGUUUGAUUGUUUUUUAGCAGUAUACAAUGUUACGACGAGAUCCGAAACAAAUAUGAAAAUCCCACGCGUGUGAAUAACUUGUUCGAAAGAUUUCUUUCAUUGUCGAGUGUUGUGUAGUAGCACAAUCAAAUCGAAUUAAGUAGGCAACUAAAAGUGUUGCAAGCAUUAAAGCUUCAUAACAAAGCAGGAAUAAGAAAAUAAUUUCCGAUUUGCGACCGUUAUCGCAAUAAUUUUUUGAAAUGAUGCAAAAUCCUCAGGACAGCAAUUUGGAAACAAGUUUUGAAGCACAGCAACCAAUUGCAUCCAAUGUGCUGAAUGGUUACGACGAAUUUAUGAGUUGGCGAAAAUCAUGGAACAUAAAUUCGCUCACCGAAGAAGUGUUCAUCGAAUUUUUCCGCGAAGCGGCUCAAACUCUACCACCGGAAUUGCUGCGGACGCUAUUUUUCACAUUGAAAAAUCGAAUGCGAUCUGUACACAAUGUGAACUUGAUGGAAUUCGCUUCGUUGAAUGCUUUCGUUCAACAGAAAGGAUCUAUCGGCACGAAGAACACACAUGGGAAGGCAAAAAAAACUGGGACUAGAGUAACAAUUAAUUUCUCUAAUGAUGAGAUCAACAAAUUUUUGACCGAAGCUCCAGAUUCUAAGUAUUUGGCAGUUAAGACUGCGACUGUGAUCGGAACGCAUACUGUCUGCGCCUUCACUGAUAUUAGACUUAUCAGAAUGAACAUGGUAAAUGAUUUUGGUUCCGGGAUUGUUGUACGAAUUCCACAACGAAGAGCCGAUAGAACAAGGGAUAAUGUCACAAUUAGUGGAGAGUACGCUGCCAUUGUACGAAAAUAUCUUCGAUUGAGAUUGAGAGCACCGAUCGAAAUCAAGACUACAAAAUUUUUUAUUCAUUACCGACAAGGAAAGUGCUGGCCUGGAGCAAUUGGAAGAAAACCCAUUGGCAAAAUGGCUGAAGAAAUAGCUCGGUAUCUGAAAUUGGAAAAUCCGGAGAACUAUACCACAGAAAGUUUUCGAAUGAUUUCGCCGAAAAUGGUUAACAACGGAUUGCAUACCGACGCGACUGAACGUAGUUCUUCCACCAUUCCAUCAUGCACUAUCACCGGAUCUGAAGCAACUUCCUUCAACGUUGGCAUGAGCAACGCAACGAAUUCUGUAGACUAUAUUAGUCUAUCAUCCUCGGACGCUGAGGACUAUGGUCUACAAUAUGGGCUCAGUGGCACAAACGAUGCGAUUGAUGUGGACCCCGAUGAUAAAGAUAGUCGAGCCCCAUCACCUAGGUCGAACGAAAAGAUGUCUGAUGCUGAUGUCAGUGCUGACAUAUUCAACAAAAGCCUUACCGUAACACAUCGAACGGUGCAAUCAAAGAUUGACGAGCAGGCGAAACAAAUUGUUCGAUUGAAACAGGUGGUCGAGGAUCAAAGCUUGGAAAUUAAAAUUUUGAAAGAUUUAUUGGCGGAUUCAAUGAAACGAAGUAUACGGGAUGAAAUGUCAAGGGAAAACGCAAUGGGUUACCGAUAAUUAGGAUUGAUAUUUCGAACACACGCCUGCGAAUGUCAGAAACUUGGAAAUGUUGAAGUGACCAGCAUGAAAUCAUUCGUGUAAUGAUAAGAGAGAAACUUUAUGUGUGAUAUUCUCAUCCAGUCUUAAAAUAUGAAAUAAAAACUUUUUUUUUUAAUUUUCUGUACUAAAA